CCCCCCCGGCGGUCAAUGCCGGGACUGCAACCCUCCCGCCCCUUCACGGCGCUUUCGCGACGGUGCGCGCGGUGUCGCUUUACGGCCGCGGCGCCGGGAGAGGCCGCGGGACCCGCCGGGAUGAAACAGAAACGGAAAAGUGGGAAAGGGGGGCUCAGCCAGGCCGAGCUGAUGAUGAUGACGAUCGCCGACGUCAUCCAGCAGCUCAUCGAGGCCCACGAGCAGGGAAAAGAGGUGGAUCUCAACAAGCUGAAGACCAGGACGUCGGCCAAGUACGGGCUGGCGGCGCAGCCGCGCCUGGUCGAGAUCAUCGCCGCCGUCCCGCCCCAGUACCGCAGGGUCCUCGUGCCCAAGCUGAAGGCCAAGCCCAUCAGAACUGCCAGUGGGAUCGCGGUGGUGGCUGUGAUGUGCAAACCACACCGGUGCCCACACAUCAACUUCACGGGCAACAUCUGCGUAUACUGCCCAGGUGGACCUGACUCGGAUUUUGAAUAUUCCACCCAGUCUUACACUGGAUAUGAGCCCACAUCCAUGAGGGCCAUCCGGGCUCGCUACGAUCCCUAUCUCCAGACACGGCACAGGGUGGAACAGCUGAAGCAGUUGGGCCACAGCGUGGAUAAAGUGGAGUUUAUUGUGAUGGGUGGAACCUUCAUGGCUUUGCCUGAGGAAUACAGAGAUUAUUUCAUCAGAAACCUGCACGACGCCCUGUCGGGUCACACUUCCAACGACGUGGCGGAGGCUGUCAGGUAUUCUGAGCGCAGCCUGACCAAGUGUGUGGGGAUAACGAUCGAGACGAGGCCGGAUUAUUGCCUGAAGAGGCACCUCAGCGACAUGUUGUCCUACGGCUGCACGAGGCUGGAGAUCGGGGUGCAGAGCGUCUACGAGGACGUGGCCCGGGACACCAACAGAGGCCACACGGUGAAGGCUGUGUGUGAAUCCUUCCACCUGGCCAAGGAUGCCGGAUUUAAGGUGGUGGCCCACAUGAUGCCUGACCUCCCAAACAUGGGCCUGGAGAGGGACAUGGACCAGUUCGUUGAGUUUUUUGAGAAUCCCGCUUUUCGCCCCGACGGGAUGAAGCUCUACCCGACCCUGGUGAUCCGUGGCACCGGCCUGUACGAGCUCUGGAAAACUGGGAGAUACAAGAGCUACCCCCCCAGCACCCUGGUGGAUCUGGUGGCCCGAAUCCUGGCCCUUGUCCCCCCUUGGACUCGCGUGUACCGUGUCCAGAGGGAUAUCCCCAUGCCACUGGUGAGCUCCGGGGUGGAGCACGGCAACCUGAGGGAACUGGCCUUGGCCAGGAUGAAGGAUCUUGGGACACAGUGCCGCGACGUGAGGACGAGAGAGGUGGGAAUUCAGGAAAUCCACCACAAAGUGAGACCUUAUCAGAUUGAGCUUAUCCGAAGGGAUUACGUGGCCAACGGGGGCUGGGAGACCUUCCUGUCCUACGAAGACCCGGAGCAGGACAUUCUGGUCGGGCUCCUGCGCCUCCGGAAGUGCUCCGAGGAAUCCUUCCGGCCGGAGCUGAAGGGAGGCGUCUCCAUCGUCCGGGAAUUGCACGUCUAUGGGAGCGUGGUCCCCGUCAGCAGCCGGGAUCCCUCCAAAUUCCAGCACCAGGGAUUUGGGAUGUUGCUGAUGGAGGAGGCGGAGAGAAUCGCCAAGGAGGAGCACGGGUCAUGGAAAAUUGCUGUGAUUUCAGGUGUCGGCACGAGGAAUUACUACAGGAAGAUCGGCUACGAGCUGGAAGGGCCCUACAUGGUGAAAAGGUUGGAAUGACGCUCCGGCGGAUCCGGGAGGAGGAGCGGGAGGCGACGCCUAUCCCGGGAAUCAGCCCCGAGCCAAACACCAAAGCCGCCAAUGCCAAGGAUUUGCUUCCAGCAAUAGGAUGGGAUUGGACUUGGAGAUCCUGGGGGGUCCCUUCCAGCUCCGGAUAUUCCCUGAUUCCAUGGAUUCCAUGGAUUUUCCCCCCCGGAGAGGUCAGGAAUGUUCCAGGUGUCUGGAACCACCUCCUUUGGGAUGCUGUUGGAGGGGCUUUUCCUGCCAUUAAAAUCCCGUGGGGGGUUUUUUUUCCUGCAAUCCCAAUAAAAUUCUUUCCCUGGGCUCC